GGCCUUCAAAACAGUAAGGCAAUUCCAGCGAUCUGACGAGCAAACUAUACAUCUUGAUGUGUAAUUGAUCGAUAUCUUACGUCAUUCAGCGUAGGACGUCCCAUCAAGUUGUAUAAAGUGGUCUGAUAUUGUAUUACAACUAGACAUCAGUCACCCUCGUUCCCUCCCAUUCGCCCUUAAUAGCGCACAGUCGACAUCCAAAAUACGCUUGAUGCCCACUGUGCCUGCACAUCUUUGCUUGCGCGGGAAUAUCUCCUCCAACGAAAAGUAGAAUCGCCUUGAGGGGUGUGGUAUGGCCGUCGUGGAUUUUGACGGCUACGCCAGAACCACCAAGGAGACGCACAACCGAAGUCUGCAACAUGUACCUGCUUUCAGUGCGGAUGACAGCAGGAAGAUUGAGGACGACAAAAUGUACAAUCGUCAUUUGCCUUUCGCCGUUGCAGAAGGGGUUGAACCCAGUCGCUCGGUCGCUUUUACGCCCGAACCGCGCGUAUAUGCCGACGACAGACGAGCAAAGAAACCUGUACGGCUCUCCGUUGGCGACUUUGUCCUCCUUCCAUGGCCCCUUCUUCUACGCAAUCGACGAAAUGCACCUUCUCGGUUUAGGAAUCGGGAAGCAGUUUUGGAAAAUGUUGCAAGGCGCAUACGAGUGCAAAAAGAUGAUGCGAAGAAAACCAGCAACCACACCUUUAUGGACAAUGAUAUGCUGAUGAAGUUAUCAUGGACCAUGCCUCCCGUCAUGAUGUCCCUGCGGCAGCCUUCUACUAGACUAAGAAAAGGCGUACGUUCAGCUUACCUCGAACGCGUUCUUAAACACUGGGGUUUCCCGGACUCACUUGGUCAGUUUAUUCUCCACCUCUUAUUCGGCACAACCAUGGCAUUCAACAUGAAUGGCCAUAUUUCUCCUUCCCGCAUCCUCUACGAUUCCCACAUUAGAGGUUAUUUUAUUCCCGGCCACCAUUGCCAAGAGUACUGGGACGCCAAGAAGAAGGGUGGUGUGGCCAACAGAGCAGCCAGAACCGAAGAAUCCUAAGUCCCUUCUGUUGCCAGUCAACAUGGAGAAACUGAAUCUCCAAAAACAUGAGUGUACGUCAGUGAGCCCUGGUAGACACCGG